UCAGGGUUUGGAGGCAGCGGCUCUCAGGUGGACUCGGCUCGGAUGAACCUGGCCUCGUCCUUCGUGAACGGAUUCGUCAAUGCCGCUUUCGGACAGGACAAGCUGCUCACAGACGACGGAAACAAAUGGCUGUACAAGAACAAGGACCACGGCAUGCUGAGUGCUGCAGCCUCUCUGGGUAUGAUCCUGCUGUGGGACGUGGACGGAGGUCUGACCCAGAUCGACAAAUAUCUCUACUCCUCUGAGGACUACAUCAAGUCUGGUGCCCUGCUCGCCUGCGGCAUCGUAAACUCCGGCGUGAGGAACGAAUGUGACCCGGCCCUCGCCCUGCUGUCAGACUACGUCCUGCACAACAGCAACACCAUGAGGAUAGGAGCCAUCUUUGGGUGAGGAGAAACAGCACAUGUACCAGGGCAUGU